GUACUAUUUCCUAGGCAUUGUCAAAAUUAACCGAUAAGUUCUUGUCUGAUAGGAUAUCGAGCGUAUGUCAGACGAGAACUUAUCGCAUCAGAGUUUUUAAGAAGUACUACCCCGGACUCAAAUUGGCUGGGGCCGCCACUUUUUCAGGCCCGAAACGCUCCUGUGCGCAUGUCGAGCGACCUACACACAAAAAGCACUAAACAGGCCAGAAUCCGAAUCCGAACACGAGCACACGACUCACCCAUACACACGUAGCCAAACACACACAGUACAUAUAGCCACUGCACCACCGACCGUCGAGGAGUUGGCGCGGUUCUCGGUGGUUAGUUGAGCGUUUGGUGGCAUUGCGAGUGGACGGAGAGCGUUGCGGAAAAGCAGAAAAGCAAAAAAGCGGAAAAGCUGGCCAUUGCCACAAAGGUUAAGCAGCAGCAACAAACACAAAACGACAACAAAGGGAAAACGCAUCUAAGCUGGCGGAGACAUUCGAAACAAAAAAUCAAAAAAAUAACCCCAGCCAAGACCAACGCACUUUUGGUUUCUUUGUUACGAUCUUUUUUUAACAUCGAAGCACGUCGAAACACAAAAAAAAAAGACUUGAAUUAGUGCGCAAUAAUUAACAGAAACUGAAACAAAAAACAACGAACGCGAAACGUGCGCAAUAAUUUGUUUAAAAUCAAUGAAGACUGCAACUGCGCAAAACUGAAAAAUUGCAUCAUAGCCAUUCUGGCCAAGAGAAAAACAACGUCUAUGAGCGAGGAAAAGUGGAAAAUCAAUAGGGGGCAAAAAAUAACUAGACCCCAAUAGAAUAUACAGGGGGAUCGAAGAAAAACUAGCCUGUUCACAUAUAUUCCUCAGAAUGCCAUCCCUAUUGGAGGCGCUGGAGCGCAAGUAUUUCGCUGAAUGCGAAUUUGAGAAUGCCCACCAACCGGAACUGCACAAGCGGAGCGAUCUGCCCAAUGACUUUACGGUCACCAAGUGCGGCGGACGCAUGGAGUUCUCCAUCUUCAUACCCCGUCUGUCGCCGCUGACCAGUGUUCCCGCAUUGCUGGUCCUCAAUGACUGCGACAUUGACUCCGCUGGUGACUUCGAGAGCAUCCGGGAGAAGUGCCAGCGGGUCAGGGAACUGGACUUGGCCCAGAACAAGUUGAGCGACUGGUCGGAGGUCUUCAGCAUACUGGAGCACAUGCCGCGCAUCGAGUUCCUCAACCUGAGCAAGAAUCAGCUGGCCAGUCCGAUUGGAUCGCUGCCCACGGCUCCCACGAUCAACUUGAAGAGUCUGGUGCUGAAUGGCACCUACCUGGAUUGGGCCUGCGUGGAUGCCCUGCUGCGUAAUCUUCCCGUGCUCCAGGAACUGCAUCUUAGCCUCAAUAACUACCGACAGGUGCUGAUCGAUGCCGAGGAAGCGGUGCAGCGGCUGCAGGAAACGGAAACGCCGGAGGAAACGGAGCGGCGGAUUACCAAAGCGCAUCCCGCUCUCAAGACCCUCCACUUCACCGGCAAUCCCGUCGAGCAUUGGCAGGAAAUCUGUCGGCUGGGCCGGCUCUUCCCCAAUCUGGAGGCCCUCGUUCUGGCCGACUGUCCCAUCAGGUCGCUGCAGGCAGAGGAGACCAGCGAUACCCAUAGGUACUUCCCCAGCUUGAAGCUACUGAACCUCAGUUCGGCGCAACUGGACAGCUGGUCAGCCAUCGAUCAGCUGGCCAAAUUCGGGCAACUUCGCAAUUUGAGGGUGAAGCACUGGCCGCUGUGGGAAAGUCUGGAGUGCACGGAGCACGAGAGAAGGCAGCUCCUGAUAGCCCGACUGCCCAAUGUGGAGAUGCUGAACGGAGGUGGGAAGAUCAGCAACGAUGAGCGAGUGGAUUCCGAGCGGGCCUUUGUGAGAUACUACAUGGAUAAACCGGAGGAGGAGAGACCGGCGAGAUAUGAGGAGCUACUUCGAGUCCACGGAAAACUGGAUCCUUUGGUGAAUGUGAGCCUGAAACCGGAUAAAAGGGUCAAGGUUCUGUUUACCUACAACGAUGUGAGCGAGAGUCGAUUCGUGGACAUCUACCUGACCGUCAACGAUCUGAAGGUGAAGCUGGAGAAACUAGUGGGUCUGGCGCCCAACAAGAUGCGCCUGUACUAUCUGGAUCAGGACUACAAGGAGUUCGGACCCGAGGAGAUGCGGUUCCCGAACAAACAGCUUUACAGCUAUAACAUCCAGUCGGGUGACGAGAUCAUCAUCGAUGCCAAGAAGUGAGAUUGUGGCGGGGAUUCUGUGGAUUCUGGAGAGGAUUAACAUUACCCCGAAACGCGCUUCGUCCUCCCCCGCCUGGUGCUACAACUUGUGAUCUUGUACGCGAAUCAUUUAAAUUUAACGUACUAUACUUCUACUGUUAAUGCUGUUUCAGUUCUCCCCUCCCCCGGCGAUCCACUGUGUAAAUACGUUCUGAAAAAAAAAAAAAACAGAAAAAAAACAAAACGGCCAAGCGAGCAUUAUUGCGCACCACAUCGUAUAUUUUAAUUACUGCCUAACCUAAGCCACACAUACAAAACUACAAAUACACAAAACAGAUACAAAAAACAA